GAUCUCCGACUGGGAUCAGAAUCGAGAGAUCAGAAAAAAUGAGGCUCAUAGGAAAGAAGUGAUUUUCUCAAUCAAGAUGACACUUGCUGCUAAGUAUCAGAGGAGGAAAAACAUGAACCAGAAGCUACUGAAGUUGGAGAAUUUGCUACAUUUUCACACUGUGUGUAGGCAUCUGCACAGCCUGAGUCAAAGAAGAACAUUACUACAGUGGAGACAUGGAUUUUCAUCUGCUUACCCAGUGUGGACAGCUCAGCUAUGUGCCUGGCCUUGGCAGACAGAUGUGCUCAUUGGGGCUGCUUUAUCACAAUACAGGCUUCUAGUAACAAAGAAGGAAAAAAGACCAUGGAAAUCUCAAUUAUCUUCAACAAAAUCUAAAAAGGAGGUAGAAGUAUGGAUUGGAAUGACUGUUGAAGAACUGGCCACAGCAAUGGAAAAAGACAUAGAUUAUGUAUAUGAAGCUUUAUUGAAUACUGCUAUUGAUGUAGAUUCACUAGAAGCACACUCACAGUUGGAUGAAAUGUGGAUCAAAGAAGUAAUAAAGAAGGCAGGGAUGAAGUUGAAGUGGAGCAAAUUAAAACAGGACAAAGUCAGAGAAAAUAAAGAUGCUGUAAGAAGGCCCCAGGCAGAUCCAGCUUUAUUAACUCCAAGGUCCCCUGUUGUUACUAUAAUGGGCCAUGUUGAUCAUGGGAAAACGACGUUACUUGACAAACUUCGAAAAACUCAAGUGGCAGCAAUGGAAGCUGGAGGCAUCACUCAGCACAUUGGUGCCUUUCUGGUCUCUCUGCCUUCUGGGGAAAAUAUAACCUUUCUUGAUACUCCAGGACAUGCUGCCUUCUCAGCAAUGAGAGCUAGAGGUGCUCAGGUCACUGACAUUGUUGUGUUGGUUGUAGCUGCGGAUGAUGGGGUGAUGAAACAAACUAUAGAAUCUAUUCAGCAUGCUAAAGAUGCUCAAGUUCCUAUUGUCCUUGCAAUAAAUAAAUGUGACAAAGCUGAGGCUGAUCCUGAAAAUGAAAAAGAGUUGCUGGCUUAUGAUGUGGUGUGUGAAGAUUAUGGAGGGUAUGUUCAAGCAGUGCAUAUCUCUGCACUCACGGGUGAUAAUCUGAUGGCUUUGGCAGAAGCAACCAUGGCUCUCGCAGAAAUGUUAGAAUUAAAAGCAGAUCCCACUGGUCCAGUGGAAGGAACAGUAAUUGAGUCUUUCACAGACAAAGGAAGAGGUCCUGUUACUACAGCUAUAGUUCAAAGAGGAACUUUGAGAAAAGGCUCAAUUUUGGUUGCUGGGAAGAGUUGGGCAAAAGUACGCUUAAUGUUUGAUGAAAAUGGAAAAACAAUCAAUGAAGCCUAUCCCAGCAUGCCAGUGGGAAUUAUAGGCUGGAGGGACCUUCCUUCUGCAGGAGAUGAAAUUCUUGAAGUAGAAUCUGAGUCAAGGGCACGUGAAGUUAUUGACUGGAGGAAGUUCGAACAAGAACAGGAGAAAAGUAAAGAUGAUCUGAAAAUACUAGAAGAAAAACGAAAGGAACACCAAGAAGCAUAUCGAAAAGCCCGUGAGAAGUAUGGCACUUUGCACUGGAAGAAGAGAUCAUUUAUAAAGUAUCUAGAAAGAAAAGAACAAAAACCCUUAAAGCCAAAAGAGAAAAUAGAAAGAGAUUCAAAUGUACUACCUAUAAUUAUUAAAGGUGAUGUUGAUGGUUCUGUUGAGGCCAUCUUAAACAUUAUGGAUACCUAUGAUGCUUCACAUGAAUGUCAGCUAGAUUUAGUACAUUAUGGAGUGGGUGAUAUUAGUGAAAAUGAUGUUAACUUGGCUGAAACAUUUGAUGGUGUUAUAUAUGGUUUUAAUGUGAAUGCAAGCAAUGUUCUCCAGCAGUCAGCUGCAAAAAAGGGAGUAAAAAUUAAACUUCAUAAAAUCAUUUACCGUCUUAUUGAAGAUUUGCAGGAGGAACUGAGCAGCAGAUUGCCCUGUAUUGUAGAGGAACACCUAAUAGGUGAGGCUUCUAUACUAGCUACCUUCUCUGUAACAGAAGGAAAGAAGAAAAUUCCUGUGGCUGGCUGCAGAGUCCAAAAGGGACAUUUAGAAAAACAAAAAAAAUUUAAAUUAAUUCGCAAAGGACAGGUUAUUUGGAAAGGCUCAUUGACCUCAUUGAAACACCAUAAAGAUGACAUCUCAGUUAUCAAAACUGGAAUGGACUGUGGUCUCAGUUUAGAUGAAGAAAAAGUGGAAUUCCAAGUGGGAGAUGAAAUUGUUUGUUAUGAAGAAAGGGAAGUUUUACCUAAGACUUCUUGGGAUCCAGGAUUUUAAAACUGUAUUAAAAAUGCCAGUGAUGAAAUGUCUUUGCUUUAUUUUAUAUCAACUAGUUUUGUUAUAUCGAAGGUAAAAAUUUGCCACUAAACGAUCAAAAGGUAUACCAUGUGUAUUAGAGCAUGUCAGAUUGCUACAGAAAUAAAAUGUUCAAGGAUGUCUCCAAUGAAAUUCUCAAGUGGGAACAUUAAAAAAAAAAAAAAAAGGAAUUGGUAGCAUUACCACUGAAUGUAAGUUUAA